AUGUGUGUGGAGUGGGCGAAGGCAAGGGCUCAAAUGAAGAGGUGGAAUGAAGAGCUGAUGCUUGUUCAAGAGGAGAUGCGACGUGUCAUUGCUUAUCACAAGUGGAGGGCUGAUUGUGGGAUUUCGGGUUACACAUAUAAACAGGCUGACAUCUGUGAAUGUUUGGCAGUGCAGUGCGCAGUCCAUUGGCUGCCGCACCUCAAAGUGAGAGGUAUUAUACUGUCAUGGGCAUCUGAUUAUGAGCAUAUGCUCUUGGAUGUCCCUGUGCCAUGGCAAAAUGCUGAUGCAGACGUUAAUGUCCCAUCUGGUCAUCCUGAUGAUGAGGAUAUUGGAGAUGACAAUGAACUUGAUAGUGAAGACAGAGAUGAGGACGUUGAGGCAGAUGACACUGACUCUUCUAAUCUAGAUGAUAUAGACUAUUAA